AUGCUUUUCAGAGUGUUCACCAUAUUUUUGCUCGUUGCCCGGCCUUCUUGGCUGUCCGUCGUGCGCAUAGCAUGCAGCUCUGUGACGAGACCUCCUCGUUACUCGAGGGCAAGGCUGCCGAUCGUGUGCGAGAGGUCUUGGAAUGAGCGGCUCAGCGCCUAUUUUUCUGACGACGCGGGGCUUUGGCCACAAUAUCGGACGCGUUUUUACAUGGGUGUGCUACCCCCACUUGCGCGUAUUGUGGGCAACAUGACCGAGACAGAAGUGGGUGUAUUACCCCCACAGUCUCAUGAUAUGGGCAACAUUGCGUCUGGUAAUGCGGGUGCCUUACCCCCGCAGCUGGAUAGUACGACGAUAGAACCUAAGGUGUUGUCACGAUUUAGUGCAGGCAUGGCACGUGCAUAG